UUGUCAAAAUGUGUUUACGCGAUUUCUAAAGGCGGAAGUAUACUACUGUCCUCUCAUUGGGUAACAACCCGGAAGUUGGAAGGAAAACGGUGGCGGCGGCGCGAAAAUGGAAUAUAGGAGCUGCUUUUUUAUUGUUGACUUGUAAAGCCUGUGUGAUUACCCGUCUUUGACAGAGCUAUCGUGUUCUUUUUGGCCAUGUGCGAAAACAUUGAUAAGGUCAACAGCUGGCUAGGUGCUGCGUUCGGGGACCAGGCCGUGCCCCAGUAUGAGGUCAAUUCAAGAACCGUGGACAUUCUGUGCCAGCUGGCUCAGGCCAGCGAGGCCCGUUGCAAUGACACGGAGCUGCUGAUAGAAGACCUCAACCAGAAAGCGUCAGAGUACCAGGCUGAGGGCGCUCAUCUCCAGGACGUUCUUCUCCAAGGCGUCGGUCUGUCCUACGCAAGCUUGUCCAAGUCCUCUGUGGUCUACCUGUCUGCUUUAGUGGAUAGCGCCAUGGUGCUGGGGGUCAGAGACACGUCGCUGUGCAGCUUCAUGCCCGCGCUGAACCGCCUCACCGAUGAGCUUCUGGAUGCGGAGAAGUCUAAGAGGAAAGUGGAGCGGGAGGUCGUGGCCCUGCGGAAGAGGCUAAGCGCCACUCUGGUGCUGCGCAGCAACUUGCAGGAGGAUCUCAGCAAAAUUGCUGAGAGUCAAGCGGUGGAAAGCGCCAAAGCUGAGGAGAGGCUACUCAGCAUGGACUUUGUGAGGGCAAAGGCUAAAGAGCUCCGCAUCAGACGGGAGAGCCAAGAGGCCCAGCUAGCUUCCAGAAAAAUGGACACGUCCCUUACACAUCAAGCUUUGGUUGAACUCUCAGAGGAAGUGACCACACUGAAGCAAGAAAUUCUGCCCUUGAAAAAGAAGCUGGAACCUUACAUGGACCUCAGCCCGAACCCAUCUCUUGCUCGAGUUAAAAUAGAAGAAGCAAAAAGAGAACUGGCGGCGCUCGACUCCAAACUGGAGAUGAACAUGGCUUUCAAGUGAAGCGGUGCUAAGUGGUUUGUGAGUUUGUGUUGAAAUAAAUGUAGCAUUUUUCAAA